UUUGAAAGAUCAUUACUGUGUGUAUUAGUUCUCCGGAUAUUCUACCGUCACGAUGUGUUCCUCACAGACCGACUUCUCCAUGAGGAAGAUCCUUGGUAUCGAUGGCAACCAAGCAUACUCUUCCGGCCUUGACCUUGCACAGAACUCCAGGAAACGUAAGAGACGCACGAGGACCAUUUUCUCUCCCCAGGCUUUGUCCAUCCUAGAACUAGCCUUCUCCAGCAACUCCUAUCCGGAUAUGUACGAGCGCACUAAGUUGGCGGGAAUCAUUGGAGAGGAAGAGGCCAGAGUUCAGGUUUGGUUCCAGAACCGACGAGCUCGUGCCAAGAGGACUAGACAGGCAGCGAGCAAUUCGCCAUCGACUGACGUCUCUAGUGAUUCACUGUCUUCGUCAACUUCCUCUGGGAGCUCAUCCUUUUCGCCCAUCCAGAGACCUGUUCACGUGAUUAAGGCUGACCCAGACAAAUACACCUCGGAUCUAGGACCUUACUAUCCAUUCCCGUACUACUACCCCGCCAGCUUCCUACCCACCGCCGGUGCCAUCCCUCGACCGUUUGACGUCCCCAGUUACCACGGAGACACACUGCUUGGGGAGUUGAAGUCCCCACUGUGGUCCCCCGGAAGUCCAACCUUCAGCAAACUGUUCGAGUUUCCGCCCAAAGCCCACACGCCACUUCGUGAUGCGCGCAGACGUCCUGGGUUCCCGCAGCAGGCGCACAGUGACGAGGUGUUCUCCUCCCGAUCCUCAAGUGUCGACAGCCGUCAGUCAGGAUCCGAUGACGUCACUAACGUUUCCAACAGCAGGACCGUGCAGUACAGUUGCGUUAGGGAUUUUCGCCGCUCUGAGAGACGAUCUGACGAGGAGGACAGCGAACUAGUGAUAGGUCGGAUCGAGGACACAUCAAGUGAUGACGAGGACGUAUUGGUGAUGGACUUAUCAGUACGUACCCCGGAUUCCAAGAUUGCUGCCUGUUGUCAUGGAGAUCGUUGAACUAGUGCUCGUCAAAAACUUUUGUGCUAAAUGUACGCUCCGAAUGCAUGCAUGUACGUAUAGCAGUGUGCAAGCCGAACAGUAAAAAAGGCUUUAUCGUUAAGUCCGUGUUUCUUCAUCUAUGUUUCCUUUCAAGAACAAUUGGGAAGAUUUCCUGCAGGAAUACAAAAACAUUUUUCAAAGUGACUCUUUUGUAACCAAUUAGGUUAUAGAAACAGGCGUGUGCUAAUUACGAACAUUUGUUCAAAACUGACAAUACUUGAGAAAGUUUUGGGUGUGUUCUUGUUGUAAAAGCUAAAUUGAGUGGCUAUAGAGGAGGUAGAAACAAAAUAUAGAUAGGAUAUCAUUAUACGCUUGAUACAAAGAUAUGAGAGGCAAGUGCGUCGUAGAUAUACCAGCCUCGAUGUGGAGGAGGGAAAUCCAGUGCUAACUACAUAAUGAUGUUUAAGGGACAACAAAUUAUGCGGUUGAUUACUAUUAUGUAUUCAUAGGCAGAAAAAGGCGAUUUUUUUCUCAAGUAGGUUGUCAUUGUUACGUACUUCUGAAGAUCGCGACAAUUAAGUCACGUGUAUUAAAACACGUGAUCUCUCUGCACUUGAUGUGAUUUGUCCGAUUUCUUGUUUGUUUGGAGUUCAAACAAUUUCGAUGUGGUUUUGAGAUCGAGUAAUGGCUCAUAAUUAUUUAAUGUGAAUAUAGCUAAUAAGUACAAUUAAUUAUUUAUCGGUGUUGUAUGUUGUUCUCGACUCAGUGAUUAGAAUAAAUUGUGUAUUUAUCUAUUUAAUACGACUCACAUGUACUGUUAAAAAUGUCACUUAGUCAUAAAAUGAACUUUAAAUUCAAUAUAUGUAUUGAAACGGAGCCAAAA